CCUAGACAUAAACAAAAGUUAGAUAGAACAACUAGUGACUGUCUAGUUCUCUAUCUAAUCACGGUAAGAUCUUCGCCGCUCUGUUUGUUGACCUAACAGAAUAUCUCCGCUGUCGGGAUAUAGAGUUUAGAAAAAGCAUUAUUGCUAAGACGAUUCGAGCAUUGAACUAAGGGUCUAUCAACAACGCUUACACGAUGCAGGGAAGACAUGCCAGCAAUGGUCGUCAUACCCACAGAUGGCCGCAGCACGAGCCGAGUAGCAGUAGACAAGGUCCACUCCAUCGUAUGUAAUCGCGUACAAGACGGAGUUGAGCAGUUCUUAGUACGAUGGGAGACAAGCCACUCAACUACAACGCCACCUCUCAGUUGGCACUCUAUCAACGUGCUGUCCCGAUGCCUAGAAGAAGUUCAAGAUUACUUGGAUUCGAGACCAAAGCCAUCACAAGUUUCGCUCCCUCAGGGUGCAUCUCGCAAGCGAAAAAGCCCAGAUACAGGACUGGAUGUUGAGCGUCGGCCAUCACCCUUCGAGGGUAGACUUCACCAAAGAAGUCAGACCCCGUCGCUCUCGCGAUCGUCGUCAGUGUCGACUUCCUCUAACCCAACACCUGUGCCCAGCAUUGAUGUGUACAACGGGAUCCUGGAUUCGACCGAGAAUGGGUUCAUAUACUGCCGUCCUGCAUCCGGUGCCGGAAUCCAGAAGCUCGACACCCGUACACUCCCUACUUCAGACAUGAUGAGAGCAGCACGUGAUUCCAAAGUCGAGACAACAAACAUGCUGAUUCGCGCUGAGUAUGUUCGGCGCCUAAACAGGGUACCUGGCAAGCCGAUCUCGCUAUUCAACUCGAUGGAUUCGUCCACGCCGUCCUUGCGGUUUCGAUACAUCAUGGACUACGUCCUCGCGCCAGGUGUCCAUCGAGCUUCGUUAGAUUCGCAAGUAGGGUGUCAGAAAUGCUCCCCACAUAUGGGCCGCGACAUCGGCUGCGAGUACACGAAGAAAUGCGACUGUCUUGAGUACGCUGCCGUCGACGAGUCACGCAUCACAGAUCCAGACACGAGGGAAGAGUACGAGCUGGCCCUCGCCACCGGUGGCUCGCUAAUGGGCUAUCCGAAGAAAUUCCCCUACUUCGCCGAGGGUACGAAAGUCCAGCGCGCUGGCUGUUUGGUGAACUUCUACCUAAAGUCCCGCAAUCCCAUCUACGAGUGCAACAACAACUGCAGGUGCGGUCCGAGCUGCCGCAACAAGAACGUGCAGUUUGGCCGCACCGUCGAGGUUGAGAUAUUCAAGACGCCCAGCGGACGAGGCUGGGGUCUACGGUGCAGGGAAGACCUCCACGAAGGCCAAUUCAUCGACACGUACCGCGGCGAGAUAAUCACCGACGCGGAAGCCACGCGCCGUGAGGAAGCCUCCUCCAAGGCCAAAGCUUCAUAUCUGUACUCCCUCGACAAAUUUGCAGAGUCGGAGAACCUUGCACCACAGGAUAUUUACGUCGUCGAUGGCGAGUUUAUGGGCGGCCCCUCCAAGUUCAUUAAUCACUCCUGUGAGCCGAAUUGUCGUCAGUACACUGUCAGCUACAACAAGCACGAUUGUAGAGUGUAUGAUAUUGCGUUCUUUGCGUGCCACUUCAUUCCUGCUGGCGAAGAGCUGACUUUCGACUACCUUGACAAAGACGACGAUGAGACGAUCGAUGAGCCUGGUGAGGGCGCCAUUCCUUGCUUGUGUGGUGCGUCGAAGUGCCGCAAAUGGCUGUGGACCUAGGAUACGCAGACGAAGGUCAAGAAAACGUAGAGAAUAGACAAGCUUGCGAGAGAGCUCUACGACAGUGAGGACAACAGAACUUUGGACAGGGCUUUCUUAGAGAGAUGACAUGGUGGUGUAUUUGGGGCUGGAAUUUUUCGGGCGUUGUACAUUCUACAUUAGACUCUUCAUCUUCAUGGCCUGACGGGCUUAAUUCUAGAUUACUUGGUAUUAAUCCUGCGCAUCUGUUUGCUUCUCAGACAUGCGAUAUGUACUAUAAAAUCAGGAUACGAUACAAAUUUCAGGAGAAGCUAUACAUGG